AUGAAGAAAUUUUUAUUCGAAUAUAGACAGACAACUGUAACCCGCAACGAAGGAGGCAGUCUUCACCAUCAUCAAGAAGCUACUUACCAGCUCCCGCAGCUGGCGGGACCCCCCCUUUUGGGGAAAAGGCCUGCCAUGAAGACCUGUCUUAACAUGGCCGCCGGUGACCGUGUCAAACGAGGAGAAGAAAGUAUCUUUCAGGAUGCUAUGAAUAAGGACUACUUUGUCGCACGGUUCCAUUCGAUCUGCGAAGAAACAGGCCUCUCCUGUACGACAGACGCGCUCAAUAAUCUUCCGUGGAAAGAUAUCCAAAGCCUCACACUUCAAUUCUUGUUGGUCCUAGAACAUUCUGCGAUAUGCGAUUUAACGACGAGAUAUAGCCGUGCCACUGCCCUGAACGAUAUCCACAAAUUGAAGUCUGCAGUUCUGUCUGAAACAAUUGACCCCUCCCGCUUAAGGCCUCUUCUGACUUCAGCUAUCGCUUGUACGCCAGAUAGCGAUGUAUGGGAAUGUCUUCAUGGCGCAGUCCCUGGAUACACCACUCCUCGACGAGAAAUUGCCUCCCCCAGCCAACAAACCCCAUGGAGCUACAAUACGAGUAGCCUCGCAAACUCCUCCGAAUUCCGCCAAGAUAUUGAUCGUGUCCUCAAGGCUGAGCUUGGAGCUCUGUAUGUGGGACUCCCGCACUUUCACUCAACAUUCUUUGGAGGCGUCAGUGGUCUCCAAGCAGCAUCCCAUGCCGUAUUUACAAUAUGCACCGAAGGCAAAGAUGCGCUUUUUACUGCUGAUGGGUGGAAAUACUGGCCAAAAGUUGCAAAGCAAGAAGAUGUAUUGACUUGCUUUGCAGAUAUAACUGAAAAACUUGCUGAACUUUCCAAAGAUUAUCGUCCAGAGUCAGCACAGCUACGAAGGCCAGUAGCUCAGCCUAACAAGCCUGUUCAAGGCUCUACAGCAGAGCGUAAGCUGGACAUUGGCUUCGUUAGUGACAUCAAUGCAGGAAAGGACACCAGGUGUCAAUGGUCAGACAUCCUCGUGCCUGGAGAGCUGAAGAGGAAUCCAGCAGCCGAUACCGCUUCAAAGGCAUGGCUUGAUUUGGGGAGGAUAUGGGCCUUUGAUCGUCUUGGGGGAGUCGCAUCGGAACAGUUCGACAUUAAUAAGGACGGUCUCCAAUUUGUGUUCAUCAUUCUCGGCUUUCUAUGGAUGAGUGAUGAGCAAUACGGGUUUGACCCUACGAUCAUCAUGAAAGAAGAUGGUCGGCGUUGCAUCGAGAUAGAACAGGGUGGCCAAGUCCAGCUUCUCGUCCUCAAAAGAUUGAUGAAACGGGAACCCUGUAUCGCAGGUCGAGCAACAACAUGCUGGGAAGCGUACUGUGAAAACGAACCUGGGGUUCCACUCGUUAGGCUACCAAUACCGGGGGUGAUCAACGUUGCACGGCACUAUUACCACAACACUGCUUGCGUUCGCGGGAAGACUGACGACAUUCAGGAUAACGUUCGGGGCGGGUUGGAUAUCAGGACUGCGAGCAAUUUUUGUCUAGAGCGACUGGCACCACCUUCGGCCGACACCAGCGUAGCUGAUACCUCGCGAGAGAGUCGGUCCACCGGUAGACCAGGCGUAAAGCGAACUCCUAGCCAAACAGAUGCCUCCAUACCGCCUAGCAAGCGAGUACGAUCGUCAAAGGCACCCGGCAGUCCACAUAAACUACCGAAUCGGGCCCACCGCCGUAUCGUCUUGCGCGAUUAUGGUGAACCGAUUUACAAGGCAAGCACUCAUGAAAGCCUGCUCGCCGCGUUAGAGGGAUGCAUUGCAGGGCAUCAGUCUUUGCACGAGGUAGGGAUCCUUCACCGAGACAUCUCAGCCAGUAAACUCAUGGUCAACGAAGACGUGAAUAACCCGUCCUGGCCGGCUUUCUUGAUUGAUCUUGAUCUGGCCAUCCGAGAGGAAAGAGAUGACGCCUCGGGUGCAAAUUCUAAGACCGGCCCGGGGAAAGGAAGAGUUGUUGCCAGGUUUGACAAAUGGAGAUUUGCCGAUACAUCUGAUUUGGCUUUUCUGAAACAAGGCUUCGUACUUAAAGAAGCGAAUUUUCUGCGGAUGGCAGAUGAGUACUUCACACAGUACUACAAGGCCCUUAUUCCAUGCGUCAACGCUUUGCGUAAGGCGGUCUUCCCCAAUGGAAUUGCAUGGACGGUGGACAAUAUAGGCUUGUAUGAUCAGAUGAAAGAGAUUCUGCGGACAGUCCGGGAGGAUGGAAACAAGAUGCUAAAAUAUAUCAACUGCCUCCGGGAAACCAAAGGAUGGUUAGAUUGA